AGCUUUCUCGUGCAAGAGAGCAUCCACACUGGCACGGAUGCUUUUGUGCAAAAGCAAAUCUUUUGCACAAAGGCACAUGCCAGUAUAGACACUCUCUUGCCCAAAUACUUUUAACGGAAAAAACUUUUCAGUUAAAAGUAUUUGCGCUAAAUCAUGCCAGUGUAGACGCAGCCUAGUGGUUUAGUUAAAAAAAACAAUAGUGAAAGUAAUUCUCACCCACUUCAGAUACGAAAUAAAUGUUAACAUUUUGCAAAUACACAGCACAUUUCAUUCUUGGAGCUUAAACUGCUUUACAGAAGUGUAUGUUUAUUAUCUGUAUUAAUAUUCUUUAAAGUAUACAUUUCCCUCAGCACACAAAUUCCUUUGCUGUUUUAAGCAUAUAGAAUUUUUGGGUUAUUGCAACAUGGCAAAAAAAACCAAAAUGAAAAAGCUUUUAGUAUUUUCACUAUAUAUUGUUAAUGGCAGGCGGAUAUACUGUGGGCUUCAGCCUCUCUGGUUCAAGACUCUCUGCUCCAGCAACAGGACCACAGAUGUUGAUGGACCAGAGCCCCCCAGCGGCUGUUGGUUGGGAGUCUGGCAGCCCUAGGGGCUAGCAUCGGAGCCCAGCCAGCAGCUAUUGGGGGCUGGCAAUGGAGCAGAGCCAUCCCAGCAGCCGCUGGGGGCCUGGAAUGCAGCCCAGCAGUAUAGUCUGGCCACCGCCAGAGGCUGGAAGUACAGCCCAGCCCAGCAAGCCUGGCAGCCACCAGCAACCAGGAGCUGGGAACAUAGCCCAGCUGCCAUGGGGACAAGAGCACAGCCCAGCUGGCAGCCACAGAGAGCCAGAAGCAGGACUAAUGGCCAGAAAGUGAGCCAGCCUGAAGGCCAAUGUCCAACAGGAGAGCCCUGACCUUCCCUGGUCCUGUAAACUCCCUUGUCCAGAGCCUAUCAGGUCCCCAGGGAGGUCCAACAUGUAGAAGUUUCAUUUUAAAAAGUUUUCAGCAGCACUUUCUGUAUAAAAAUAGUUGUUAAUCAAAUGAUAUUACCUUGAUUAAGAAGUAGAAAAUCUUUAUGGGCACAUUGUGGCCUUUACAUAGUUAUUGGUAACUUUGGUUAGCUACAUGCCUGACCAUAGGAUUGUAUACAGUACCUGGAUUCAGAGUUCCUCUCACUGAGGUAUUUCAUGCAAAGAGUGUUUGAAUGAACUUGUCUCAAAAACCUGUAGUAGUGUUAAAUUAUGUUUUUAGAUUUGUUUAAAAUAUCCAUUUGUAAUGGAAAGCUAGCAAAAAUAAUCCUUAUCCAUAUAAGGGUCAAUAUGUAUGCUGCAUGCUAAUUAUUUUUAAAUUUUCUUAAUAUAUAUGACUCUUCCAUAAAGUUUAUGCCAAUUGAAAAUAUAUUGGUGCCAUACAUCCCCUUUGUUGUGCAAUUAUUUGUGGUUUAACUGCUAACUGCAUCCUUUUAUGUUUUCUGGAUGUUUUUGUUUAAGUAGAGGAUUUCUUGUGUGCACUAGUAUUUAUUUAACAACUAGGUACAAGGAAUAUUGAAAGUACAAACUACAUGCCUCUGUAUAAAAUAGUAUUAUGUACUUUCAAAAUGUGGUGUUCUUGAGGAGAGUUAUUCUCAGCAUGUUUAACAAUUAUUGUUUCAAUAUGUAAAACAAUGUUUUAGUCCUUGUUUUUGAAGUGAAAUAAAUAUCUACUAAAAAUCUAGACUCCUUUAAAAUUGUUAGUAUGUACUCAAUUUAGUUUACAAUACUAUAGUUUAUUGAUUGUACAAGUGUUUUAUUAACUAGAAGCAUGAUAAUCAUUCCACAGCGGUGUGUCAGAAUAUGACUAGUAGACUUUGCUCCCUGAUAAGUAUAUACAAUAGAGGAAAUAGGAGUUCAAAAGUCCAUGAAUUUAGUAGUUCACAAGUUUCUGAGUGACUGCGCUAUGGGCUGAUCAUCUGGGAGAAAAGUAAGAAAACUUGAAAGUAUUAUGGCAAAUCCUUAUGUGAAUGUCAUAGCUGUGGUCCUUUGCUUGAAUUUUACUGGAUUGUCAAAGACCAGAUCGCAGCAGACUGGUGUUGGUAUCUAUUACAAUUCUGACUGCUGGUGGGAUGGGAAGUUCUUGGUGAAUUGUUCUUUCACUGGAAAAUCUAUCCCCACAAACAUAUCACAAACAGUAACAAUAAUCAAUUUAAGUUAUAAUAAUAUUACUACCUUACUGUGGUCUAACUGGAGAGAUAAAAAAUGGAAUAUCAAACAGCUGGAUCUUAGUAAUAACCAGAUUUCUGAGCUGUCUUUAAAUAGCUUUAGAAAUUUACCACUUUUGGAACUAAAUCUGAGUGGAAAUAUCAUUCACUACAUCAUACUGGAUUUACAUAAACCUGCACACUAGACUGAUAAAUAUAGAAAAGUUAAUACUUAUGAUCUUCUUCCUUCUUUAAAAGUCUUGUCCAUCGAGAGAAAUAAUCUUAAUGCAAUUCCAAAAGGAUUAGGGAAGUCUUUACAAAGUCUGCCUCUGUCAUCCAAUGAGAUAUCACAGAUUGAUCAGAGUGAUUUUCACAACUGUUCCCAGCUAAAGAACAUCUACCUACAGACCAACAAGAUAACCAAAAUUCAUCCUGAUGCCUUCAAGAAUCUUAAAAGCUUGCAGGUUGUAAAUAUGGCAUUAAUUGUGAACCUCAGCAACAAUGCUAUGACAACCCUUCUACCAGCAAUAUUCAUUGACUUACACAUACUUCAAUCAGAAGUGGAUUUAUCAAACAAUCCCUGGAUAUGUGACUGCAGGCUCAUUGCUUUCAAACAUUUCAUUAGUUUUCUUUCUGAAUGGUUGAGGAAAAAGUGGAAUAUCUUAUGCAGCAAACCGAUCAGCAACUCGUGGACACCCAGUGGCAGAAUUUCCAAGGACCACUGGCUUCCUCCUAUCAGACAGGACAAAAUAAAAAACUUAAUAAUAUACAAUAUUGGGAAAACUGCAGAAGGGCUAUAUGCAUGUAUUUGUAACCAAAUGAAGAUGAAAUAUCUCAUCUAUGACAUAUAUGUGGAGCAAAAUUUUUCAUCAUUUUUGGUUAGAAAUGCCAGAGAUGUCAAUGCUGUUAUUAGACAAGGAAGAACAGAAGGAGACUUCACUUUGGCAGUGUCUCUCUCAGUGGUCAUUACAUUUGUUUGUGCUUUUUGUCUUGGUGCUUUCACUAGACCUUAUAUUUGCAGGAUCUGGAGACAAAUAUGCAGAAAGAAAAGCUCAGCUUCAGAAAAUACAUUUUCUAAUCAAGGAUUUUCAGCUGAAUCCCUGACAAGAGAAAACACUGCAAACACACAAAUAAGGGUGCAGCAAAAAUUAUCUUUUUGUAGUGGAAACUCUUCACAAAAUGUAGGCUCUCACAUUGUGGAUAUUUCUAGCUUGCAUAAGGAGGCCCUUCAUAACAGAGUACUUGCACUAAGUACAGAAGAAACAAACCAAGAUCAAAGCAGUAUCAAUAUUGAAGUAGAAAAAGAAAAGGUGUCUCAGAAUAACCAAGCAACUAAUUCUGCUGAUGAAGCAGACACAGAGAUUGAUGAUGAAUUUUUUUCUUCAGUAUCAGAUCACCAGUAUGGCAAUAAAGCCUUUCAAAGAGAAUUAUCAAAUAAUGACAAUUCAUCACAUGAAGAUUUAAAAUACAUUUUUAAUGAAAAUUCAGGAAAAAGCAGGUUCUCUUCUAUAGCAGAUAGAUAUAUCAUGGACUCUUACUCACUCUCUGCUGAAUCUUCAGAUUUAGAUUUACCAUUUGCAAGAGAAACCAACUUCCCAUUUUCUGAAGCACAAAUACAAACAAAUACACAGUAUUCUAAAUACAAUGAUGUAAGCAACGGAUCUAAUCUGUUUCAGUCUGAAAUUGCAGAGUCUCUGCAGAAGAGACAAAUGACUUCCCAUAGUCAGCCCUUGAAUACUCAACAAUUGAUGUUCAAAAGGAAUAACUGUGAAGAAGAGCUUGAUGUAAAUGAUAACAUAAAUAUGCUCAAUGACAGUGAAAAUUUAAUUUUACCUCUUAGUUAUGAAAAUGAUACAAAUAUUGAUUAUUCAAACACCCAACAAACACUGAAACAUUCUCCUGCUAGUAUUCAAGAGUAUGAUUGUAAAGAAGAAAAUAUUAGAAAUGAAGACAAUCCAGUGGACAGGUUUAGUGACAGCAAUUCCAUAGAAGAAGGAUCUAUAUUCACACUGAGUGAUUCUAGUUCUUUAACAGAAAGUGAGCUGGAGCAGUCUAAUGCUGGUGAUGAUCAUCUGACCAACCCAUCCGUAACAGAGCAGAUGAUUACGUUAAAAAGUGGUACGGGCAAGUUCACCACAUUGCUACAGAACCCUAACAUUACUACUAGAUUUCAAGAUAUUAUGGAAAAUCAUGAAAAUAAAAAUGAAACAUAUUCUGAAACAGCUAUACUUUCUGGAUCAGGCACUCGCAGGUCUGGAACAUAUUCAUCUGUUCUUCAUAUGGAUUCAUCUCAGAUUGAUAUAUCUGACACAUCUCAUACGGAAAAGUUUGCUGAUCAUGUAAUCCUGUCAGAUUCAGAUACAAACAACCCUGCAUGUUGUGAAGUUCUUGGUAAAACUGAGUAUGUUACCAAUCCAAAUUCACCAGCCCAAAAUAUAAUUUCUAACCCUGCCUGCAAACAAAAUAUAAAUUUGAAUUGUGUAACAUUACCACCAUUAAAUUAUUCUCCCAAAUCUACUCCAGAUACAGAGAAUAUUUCUAACAGCACUUAUUUGAAGCUCUGUGAAUUUUCUACUCUAAUGCAGGAUUCGGACAGAUCCAUUCCCACUGAUCUAAAAGAAAAUGUUAUUGAGAUCAAUACAGACAAAAAUCAUAUAGCUCAGAGUUCUUCCUUAAAGAAUUACAGGGAACCAUUUCUUCAGUCUCAUUCUGAGAGCACAGAUGAAAAAACUGUUUCAAACAUUACACAGAAACAGGAUUCAUCAGUGCAACAAGAACUGCAUAUGAAAAUGUCUGGGUCUUGUGCACAAAGAAUGCAAAGGGAUUUUAAUGAAGGGGAAUGUGAUACACACACAGAACAAGAAGUUUUGUCUGGAAUAGAUAAAGGCAAUUCUAGCUUGUGUACAGCAGAACUGCAGUUUCACAAUAUUAGGACAGAUUCAAGCUCUUCUGAAACAAUGCAAUCAAUUUUAAAUGAAGAAAAAUACUUACAACUUGAUCAUCAGAAGGAAGAGAAUGUAGGUUUUCCAGCUAAUCCUCAGAGCUUUCUAAAUGAAAAUGUGAAACAUUGUUCAUAUAAGGGGUCACAAAAUGUUCAAAGAAAUACAAUUGGCAACAGAGCCAAUUCCAGUGAAGCUGAGAAUGAAACUUCUUUGGAUGAAUUAGCAAAUGUAUUUAAGGCCAUUCCAAUCCUUCAAAAUUCAAGUGAAAAACCUGAUAAAAAAAAUGAAGCCACAAGAGGGCAGCUUUUAGCAGAAGGCAGCUUUUUUGUUAAGAAGAAAAAAGCCUUUGAUGGUUUUGCAAGUGUUCUACAAAGCAGGAGAACAAUGGACUCCACAAAAUAAAUGUAGGAUGUUAAAUGACUGUAACAAGACUCUCUGCAACAUUUAUUAAUGGUACAUAAUCUUACACAGUAACCAAGUACGUGUCAAAACAUGCUUAAUUUAAGUUGAGUUAUACACUCAUAAAUAUUGAACAUAAAACUUUAAAAAAAUUCAUCUAACCAGUAUGCACAGUUCUCAGCAUAAUUAUCUGCCCUGAGUUAUUUCAGAUAUUCAUGCUGUAAAAAUAUUUAAAAAAUAAAAGUAGUAUGACCCUAAGAGUGUGCUAUAUUGUAACUCAUAUCAGGCCUGAUACACUCACUACCCCCAACACACUGUUGUCAAAAUAUCUAUCUAAAAGGUAUCAUGUAAGGCAGGGGUGGGCAAUAAUUUUUUUUCCGGGCGACACUUCAGAAAUUUUCGAAGUGGCCGUACCAGAAGGGGCGGGGCCUCAAGCAAAAGGGACAAAGCCGGAAUACUUCCCCGCUACCCCACCCACAGACCAUGAUUGGUCUGGGGGUGGGGGAGCAUCUUUGCCUCCCUUAGAGGUUCCCCCACAGCACCCAUGCCUCUGGCAAUGGGAGGAGAUAUCGCGCGCUUUCCUUUAUCCCCCAGAUUGCCUGGGGGUGGGGGAAACACACAAAGCCUCCUCCCACCCUGCCAGGAGCAUGUGGCACUUCUAAGCACCACACACUCCUUGUAACAUGAGGGCAGGGUGGAGAAAACUUUGCGCGUUCCCCCUGCCCCCAAGCCAAUCAGGGCUUGGAAGUGGGGGAG